CUGCCGCCCUGAGGCUGGACUCAACGGAUCCGGGCCCCGCCACCAGGCGAGCUCGCCGCCCGGCCCUAAACCGGAGACAGCGAGCGAGCGAGGCGACGCCGCGCGAUUUGCUUGUCAAUGCAUCACGAAAAGGCAGCCCAGAAUGAAGAAAGCAAGCAGGAGUGUCGGCUCAGUGCCUAAAGUGUCUGGGAUCAGUAAAACACAAACUGUAGAAAAAAUCAAACCAGAAAACAGCUCUUCAGCAUCCACAGGAGGCAAACUUAUAAAAUCGGGAACAGCAGCACCGCUGGCAAAGGCCAAGAGCAAUGAUGACCUCUUAGCUGGAAUGGCAGGAGGUGCACCAGUGACUAAUGGUGUUAAAGGAAAGAAAAGCACCUGCCCGUCUGCAGCAGCGUCAGCACCCGCCCCUGCCAUGACCACCGUGGAGAGCAAAGCCAAGAUCAGCACAGGCACAAGUUCUUCAUCCAAGCGGAGCACUUCUGCAGGUAAUAAAGAAUCCAGUUCUACCAGAGAGAGAUUGCGUGAACGCACCCGACUAACCCAGAACAAAAAACUACCUUCUGCAGGUCAGGGUGCUAAUGAUGUGGCGCUGGCCAAGCGUCCCCGCAGUCGCACUGCUGUGGAGUGUGAUGUUCGUAUGAGUAAGUCUAAAUCGGACAAUCAGAUCAGUGACAAAGCUGCUUUGGAAGCCAAAGUGAAAGAUCUUCUUACUCUGGCCAAAACCAAAGACGUGGAAAUUUUACACUUGAGAAAUGAGCUCCGAGACAUGCGUGCUCAGCUGGGAAUUAAAGAGGACCCUUCUGAGGGGGAUGAGAAGUCUGAAGAGAAGGAAACCGUUAUUGUUCACCAGCCGACUGAUGUUGAGUCCACUCUGUUGCAGUUACAAGAACAGAAUACCGCCAUCCGUGAAGAACUCAACCAACUGAAAAAUGAAAACAGAAUGUUAAAGGACAGGUUGAAUGCAUUGGGUUUUUCACUAGAGCAGAGGUUGGACAAUUCUGAGAAGCUGUUUGGCUAUCAAUCACUGAGCCCAGAAAUCACCCCCGGUAACCAGAGUGAUGGAGGAGGAACUCUGACUUCUUCCGUGGAGGGCUCUGCCCCUGGAUCCGUGGAGGAUCUGUUGAGUCAGGAUGAGAACACGCUUAUGGACCAUCAGCACAGCAACUCGAUGGACAACCUGGACAGCGAGUGCAGCGAGGUUUACCAGCCACUCACGUCGAGUGACGAUGCCCUUGAUGCACCCUCCUCCUCUGAGUCAGAGGGCAUUCCGAGUAUAGAGCGCUCUCGGAAGGGGAGCAGUGGGAAUGCAAGUGAAGUGUCAGUUGCUUGCUUGACCGAACGGAUACACCAGAUGGAAGAGAACCAACACAGUACGAGUGAGGAACUUCAGGCCACUCUGCAGGAGCUGGCCGACUUACAGCAGAUCACCCAGGAACUGAAUAGUGAGAACGAAAGACUGGGCGAAGAGAAGGUCAUCCUCAUGGAAUCGCUAUGUCAGCAGAGCGACAAGUUGGAGCAUUUUAGCCGGCAAAUUGAAUACUUCCGCUCCCUUCUAGAUGAGCAUCACAUUUCAUAUGUCAUAGACGAAGAUGUGAAAAGUGGACGCUACAUGGAACUAGAGCAGCGCUACAUGGACCUAGCUGAGAAUGCCCGCUUUGAACGAGAGCAGCUUCUUGGUGUCCAGCAGCAUCUAAGCAAUACUUUGAAGAUGGCAGAACAAGACAAUAAGGAAGCUCAAGAAAUGAUAGGGGCGCUCAAAGAACGAAACCACCACAUGGAGCGAAUUAUUGAGUCUGAGCAGAAGGGGAAGGUGGCCUUGGCCGCCACACUGGAAGAGUACAAGGCCACGGUGGCCAGUGACCAGAUUGAGAUGAAUCGCCUGAAGGCCCAGUUGGAGAAUGAAAAGCAGAAAGUGGCAGAGCUGUACUCCAUCCAUAAUUCUGGGGACAAAUCUGACAUUCAGGACCUCCUGGAGAGUGUCAGACUGGACAAAGAGAAAGCAGAGGCUUUGGCCAGUAGCCUGCAGGAAGACCUGGCUCACACACGGAAUGAGGCCAAUCGGUUGCAGGACACCAUUGCUAAGGUAGAGGACGAGUACCGAGCCUUCCAAGAAGAAGCUAAGAAACAAAUUGAAGAUCUGAAUAUGACCUUGGAAAAAUUAAGAUCAGAACUGGAGGAAAAAGAGACCGAGAGAAGUGACAUGAAGGAAACCAUCUUUGAACUUGAAGACGAAGUAGAACAGCAUCGAGCUGUGAAACUGCACGACAAUCUCAUUAUUUCUGAUCUAGAGAAUACAGUUAAAAAACUCCAGGACCAAAAACAUGACAUGGAAAGAGAAAUCAAGACGCUCCACAGGAGACUGCGGGAAGAAUCUGCAGAAUGGCGGCAGUUUCAAGCUGAUCUCCAGACUGCAGUCGUCAUCGCAAACGACAUUAAAUCUGAAGCCCAAGAAGAGAUUGGUGACCUGAAGCGCCGGUUACACGAGGCUCAAGAAAAAAAUGAGAAACUUACAAAAGAACUAGAGGAGAUCAAGUCACGCAAGCAAGAAGAGGAGCGAGGUCGGGUCUAUAACUACAUGAAUGCUGUUGAGAGAGAUCUGGCAGCCUUACGACAAGGGAUGGGGCUGAGUAGGAGGUCCUCGACGUCCUCAGAGCCAACCCCCACUGUCAAAACCCUCAUCAAGUCCUUCGACAGUGCAUCUCAAGUACCUAAUCCUACUGCAGCUGCAAUUCCUCGAACGCCCCUGAGUCCAAGUCCUAUGAAAACGCCCCCUGCAGCAGCUGUGUCCCCUAUGCAGAGACAUUCCAUAAGUGGACCAAUCGCGACGUCCAAACCUCUAACAACCCUGACGGAUAAGAGACCAAACUAUGGGGAAAUCCCUGUUCAAGAACAUUUGUUAAGGACAUCUUCAACCAGCAGACCUGCUUCUCUGCCGAGAGUGCCUGCCAUGGAGAGUGCCAAGACCAUCUCAGUGUCUCGACGAAGUAGUGAAGAAAUGAAACGGGACAUCUCUGCACCAGAGGGUGCAUCGCCGGCCUCACUUAUGGCUAUUGGAACCACGUCACCCCAGCUCUCUCUCUCCUCCUCUCCUACAGCAUCCGUGACUCCCACCACCCGAAGCCGGAUAAGAAGCUACUUUGAACUAAGAAGUAUAAAGAAUUGCAGAAGGGGAAGAAAGGAAGGACCCUCUCUCAGCCCUGGCAAGAGAAUAUGGAGGCUCAAAGAGGAAUGCCUUGCUGAAGUGGUGUCAGAAGAAAACAGAAGGUUAUCAGGCCAAGUGAACAAGUUGAAUGGGGAUAUACUGGGAAUCACCACCCCUGCAUCCUCCAAGUCCUUGAUGGUGGCAGUAAUCUCUUCAGUUCCUUCAGGAAUGUGGUAUUGCUUUUGGUUUACUUUUUUCCUAGGUAGGGGCAGUUCUAAUGGCUUUCACUAGGCAUUUCCUACCGUAGUAGCCCUUAAACUCCACAUGUCAGGUAUCCAGUGUUGGGGGUUCUACCACUUACUGAGUAUGUCUGUUCCAGUUAUACAUUCUAGAAGUGGGGAAGUCACUACAGGAUGGGUUUGGGGUCCCAGUGGACCUAUUGUGAGACAGGCCUGAGCUAAGACUCCAUUAAUAGCCUGACCUCCAUAUACCCCUAUUCUGACUGGUGGGCCACAGUAAUGUUUUGGGACUCCUGAAAUUAUUGUCUGUUCAGAGCCAGUGUCGAGUAAUCCCUGAAAAGUGUGACUAUUUCCUUUUCCCCAGUGAACAGUCACCCUCGUAAAAGGCCAUAGAUCCUUUGGAGAAGGCUAGGAGAAGGACUAACAGCAUAAAUUUUUGGCAGUGUAUGGGCUCCUUCCUCAAGGUACCCAACCUAUCCUUCUUUCAAGAGGUUGUGGGUCUGUGAACAGGCUGAAGUCUGGAAAUUGAUUGAGGGGGCUGUGACUCUGCUCUGGUGAUUUAAGUUAUUCUUUCAUUCACUUGACCUAGAAUUCCGCUUGUGCAAAUCAAGUAAUUAGUAGAUUUCCCAUCUAUUUCACUCUUAGGGACACCAUGACUAAGUAACCAACACUAUAAGUCCCUACAAGUCAGGCUAUUCUGAUUACUGCUUUAACUCUGCUGUCGAUUACAGUAACCAUGCCCACCUUGUCUUCUGCAAGUAAGUGCCACCACUUGGCCCUUACAACUCUGGGAUCCAGUCAGCCCCACUAUAGUGAGGCGUCUUUAUUCAGUUAGGAUAGUCCCACUGUCAGAUCUGACUUAUAUAAAAUAGCAAUCACAGCAGUCUUCUAGGGUGCUGGAGCUCCCUUCACAAAUUUGUUCCUUACCGUUGUAGUGACAGGUAUGUCCUCUAGGCACUCAAUGGGUGGGUCUGGGGGCCCAACCUGAUAAAUUUAAUCUAACAUGUCAAUUUCCCUAAGCCUUUGGAUACCUUCUUCUUGAGUUUACCAAGGCAGUUCUGGCAUUUCAGCUUACUUAGUGAGGCCAGCGUUUAAUCCAUGCUUCAGUGAACCAACCAACCAAUUAGAUCCUUUUCUAACUUCUCAUCCUAAAACACUGAAUGAAGAAUAUGUGCUUAGUGGGCCCAUAUCAAUAAACUCAGACUGCUCCAACUUUAUGUCUUUGUAUCAUUAUCCCACACCCUUAAAAGCCAUUCUCACACAUGUUCCUUAGGUUUCUGUUUGUAUAUAUUAGAAGAAUCAAGCAGUUCUUUUGGAGUAUUGCGUACCUCUUCAUGGGUCACACUUUGUACUUCACCUCUUAGGGGUUGCUACGACUUAAGUCUCGUUAUAGAUCUAGAAGCAAAAAUGGAUGGUGUAGGUGGGUCCUGGGAACAUUCAUGAAUGUCUCCUAAGGGAUCUGCCUCAGGUAGUGCCCCAGGUGCAGUCUCUGUUGAUUUCUCAGACAAAGACUCUUAAGGCACAGCUGGGUUAAUCUUAUCAGAUGGAGGUAGAAGGGAUAAUGGUUUUACUGGGGAGGGUGGCCCAGCAGACAAAGAUGGAGUAAUCUGUUCAGGCGGAAGUAAGAGGGCUGGUUCUGUUGGUAGGAGUCAUUCAGUGGAAUUUUGGUACUCAGUGUCCCCAGCUUCCUGAUUAUCUGCCCGUAGGUCCCUAUCCCAAGUUUAGAAUCCCAUUUGUUCCCCAUCAUGCCCUCACUUUAACUUUAGAUACCAUUCAAGGUUGAAAAUUCAGCUGGCUCUUAUCAUUCAGCCACUCUUACCCUAAGACUCUAGGUUUGGUUUCAGCAGUAUCAGCUCUGUUACUACAAGAAAUAAGGCUUUCUUUCAGGGCAUCAGUGGCAACUUUCAGGUCUUGUAUGUGGCGCUUGAGCUGUGACUCUGAAGCUCUGAGCUCAUCCCUUCUUUUUACCACUUUGUCUAGCAAAAAAGGACUAAGCAACCCACUUCCUUCUGCUUCUCAUUCUCCAUAAAUUGUAGAAAAGUAUCAAAUAUGCAGUUACUCAGAGCCUUUUCUGUCACAAAUAUUUGAUCCAUUAGUGGUAUAUUUGCAUAUUUUUUUGCCACCUUAGCCAUGGGUUAGCAGUGCCUUCCAUACUACUGGAGGCAGAGUCAUCAGAGCCUUUAGGACUGGCCAGAUAUGAGAACCAGUUCAGAAAACUCAUCCUUAUGAUUUUGUUCCUUUAGAACCACUCUUAGUAUUGUAUGUCUUAGGCUGAGUUUCCUAGAGGAGCAAAACCUGUGAGCCAAAAACCAAACCUACUGCCUUCGAGUCAGUUCCGACUCAUAGCAACCCUAUAGGACAGAGUAGAACUGCCCCAGAGGGUUUCCAUGGAGUGACUGGUAGAUUCAGACUUCCCAUUUUUUGGUUAGCAGCCAAGCUCUUAACUACUGUGCCACCAGGGCUCAAACCUGUGAAGCAUAUAUGUAAAUAUAUGUAGAAAAUUUAUUACAGAAAUAUGGCUCAUGCAGUUGUGGAGACUGGGAAGUCCCAAAUCCGUGGAUCAGUUGUCAGGCUGGAUGUUUGUCCUGACUCACAUGUUUGCAGGCCCUGAUGAGCUGAAAAUUAGCAGGUCAGGUAGAAGGCUGCUGGCUCACAUCCCGAGAACCUGAGAUCAGAUAUGACGAGUCUGAUACAGGAUCGAAAGAAAGCAAGCUUGCCAGAACAUCCGUAUGUAUUGGAUGCAGGCUACAGCCCCAAGGAAAUUCCUUUUCAACUGAUUGGCACGGAAAUUCGUUUUCAACUGAUUGGCUCACAUCAGAUCAAAAAAUGGAGGAUGAUUAUAUAAUGUCUGCCAAACCACUGAAAAUCAUAACCUUGCCAAGUUGACCUAUAACUUUAACCAUCACUUAAGGCAAUAAUUUCAGGGGUUUAUCCGGCCUCCAUGGCCCCAGAAAUCUGGAAUCUAUGGUAAUUUGAAGUUCUCUUCUUCAUUUUCUUCCUUUUGAUCAGAAUUCUUCUAUAGAACCUUUGACCCAAAAGCUUGGUAAUGAUAACUGGGCACCAUCCAGUUCUUCUGGUCUCAUGACAAAGGAGGCAGUUGUUCAUGGAGGCCAUUAGCCACACAUUCCAUUUUUUUCCUCUUGUUCCCAACUGUUCCCCUAUCACUCCACAUGUAUAGAGACCAAUUAUUGUGGUUUGGAUGUCUGCUUGGAAGCUCUUAAGACCCCAGGCACUAUGCAAGGAACUAGGAGGUAGAAGUACUAAACACCUUAUAAGGCCAGUUAACUGGAAUGUCCCAUGUAACCAUGACCCCGAACCUCUAAAUCAAGGAACCAAAUCACAUGAGGUGUUUGGUUGUAACAAGUGGAUGACUUUAAUGAACAGAAAUCUAUUUCCUUACAGUUUAGGAGAUAAAAAGUACCGAUUCAAAGCACUGGCUCUAGGGAAAGGCUUUCUCUCUCCUUUGGCUUGGUGUGGCCAGGUAGGUACUUUGUCUAUUCUCAGUGUCUGUUCCUCACUUUUCCUGGUGAUCUUCAUGUGGUGUGCUGUGUAUCAUCAUCUGUGCCUCCUUUUCUCUGUGCCUGACCUGUUCUUUUUAUAUCUCAAAAAUGGUUGACUUAGGACACACCCUACACUGAUAAGACUUCCUUAACAUAACAGAGAAACCCUAGUCCCAAAUGGGAUUAUAUCCACAGGUAUGGGGGUUAGGAUUUAUGACACAUAUUUUUGGGAGACACAGUUCAAUCCGUAACAGAUAUCCCCCAAUUCACAUCAUAUAGAAAAAGUAAUUCAAAAUAUGUCAAAAAUUUAAAUGUAAAACUUAAAAUAUAAAACUCCUAGGAGAAAAUAGGUGAAAGUCUGUGUGACCUUACCUUAGGCAACAGUUUUUUUUAGAUACAACACCAAAAGCAUGAACAACACAAGAAAAAAAUAGAUAAAUUGGAAUUCACCAGUAUUCAAACUUUUUGACUAAUGGACCCCAGCUACCACAGCCUGUACCAUACUGAGUCCAGCACAGCUAUAUGGUGCCUGGCUGCCACCACCGACUGCUGUGACAUGGUUUACACUAGAGGGUCUCAGACAGAGCUGGAGAAAAAUGUAGAACAAAAUUUAAACUCACAAAAAAAGACCAGACUUACUGGUCUGACAGAGACUGGAGAAACGCCUAGAAUAUGGCUCUUGGACACCCUUUUAAGUCAGUACUGAAGUCACUCCUGAGGCUCACCCUUCAGCAAGAUUAGACAGGCUAUAAAACAAACAGUAACACACGUAGUUCAACCAUGUACACGAGACUAAGGGACACACCAGCCAAGGGACAAGGUUGAGAAGGCAGGAUGGGACAGGAAAGCUGGACAAAUGGAAAUGGGGAAACCAAGGCCAACAAGGGGAGUGUUAACACACUGCAGGGUUGGCAACAGAUGUUUCAAAACAAUAUGUGUAUUAACUGUUUAAUGAGAAACUAAUUUGCUCUGUAAACUUUCACCUAAAGAACAAUUAAAAAAAGAAAAGAAAGAAAAAACCUUUGUGAAUUAAACGUCAAGACAGUGAAAAAGACAACCUACAGACUGGGAGAAAAUUCUGCAAAUCCUGCAUCUGAAUAAAGGUCUAGUAUUUAUAGUACCUAAAGAAGUCUUACAACUCAACAGUAAAAACACAAAUAACCCAGUUUAAAAAAUGGGGAAAUGAUUCAAGUACAUACUUCUCCACAGAUGAUACACAAAUGCUAAUAAACACAUAGAAAGAUGCUCAACAUCAUUAAUCACUAGGCAAAUGUAAAUAAAGACCACAAUGAGAUACCACUUCACACAAAUAAUUGGACAAUAACAACUAUUUGUGAGGAUUUGGAGAAAUUGGAACCCUCAUUUUUUGCUUAUUGCAGUGUAAAAUGGAAGAGUUGCUGUUGAAAACAGUUUGGUAAUUCUUUAAAAGAUUAAACAUAGAAUUACAAUCAGACCUAGCAAUUCCACUCCUAGGCAUAUUCCUUACAGAAUUAAAAAACAUGCUGACACAAAUUUUCAUAGCCAAAACAUGAAAACAAUGGCAAUAUCCAUUAGCUGAUGACAGAAUAAACAAAAAGUUUGUCUAUACUAAAACAAACAAACAAAAAAAACCCACUGUUGUGAAGUCAAUUGUGAUUCAUAACCCUAUAGGAAGAGUAGAACUGCCCCACAGGGUUUCCAGGGAGCAUCUGGUGGAUUUGAACUACCAACCUUAUGGUUGGCAGCCAAACUCUUAACUAUACCGCCAGAGUUUCGAUGUCUAUACUAGAGAAUAUGUAUUCAGCAAUUAAAGGGAAUGAAGUUCUGAUAUAUGCCACAACAUGGAUGAUCCUUGAAAAAUGAUGCUAAUUGAAAGAAGCCAGAUAGAAAACUCUGGCCUAUAAGACUUCAAAUACACGAGCCCCGAAAGCAAGUGUAAAUCUGAUACUGUCAGCUUUGUGGGAUGACAAGAACAUUAAUGCUGGUGGCCACAAGUUUGGUCUAGGACUGGAAACUCAAGCAUAAAUGAAUUUAUGCAGUCAUAUAUAUUUAUAUUUAUUGCAUUUUUUAUUGAGAUACAUGUCACAUAACAUACAAUGCACCCAUUUAAAACUUGCAAUUCAGUGGUUUUUAGUAUAAUCAGAGUUGUGCAGCCAUUACCACAAUCAAUUUUAGAACCCUCGUGCGGGAUUGCUGGUAACAUUUACAUUAAUGGUGGUGGAAUAAUUUGAAAAAGGAUAACGGUAAUGAUUGCACAACCUGAAGAAUGCAAUCAAUGUCAAAACGGUUCUCUACAAAAAUUCAGCAAAACACAGCCAUAUGGAAGGAAAUGAGGAACAAAAGAGAUACAAUACACACAAAAAACAAACACCAAAAUGGCAGAAGUAAGUCCUUAACAGUAAUUAAACGUAAAUGGAUUAAAACCUUCCAUCAAAGGCAGAGAUUGGGAGAAUGGAUUUAAAAAAAUGAUCCAUUUAUAUCCUGUCUAAAAGAAACACACUUUAGAUGCAAAGACACAAAUAGGUUGAAAAUGAAAUGGUGGAAAAAUAUAUUAGAAGUACUAAGUAUUCCGGAUAGCGAAUAGGUUUAACCGAAAGAGACCUAGAGUGACUAUAAUUAAUGUCAGACAAAAUACACUUUAAGUCAAGUGUAUUACAAGAGAUAAAGAAGGGCACUAUGUGGUGAUAAAAGGGUCAACUCAUAAAGAAGGUGUAACAAUUAUAAGUAUGUAUGCACCCAAUACCAAAGCCCCAAAAUACAUGAAGCAAACACUGAUAAAAUUUGAAGUAGAAAUAAACAGUUUGACAAUAAUGGUCGAAGACUUAAACACACCAUUUUCAAUAAUGGAUAAAACAUCUAGUCAGAAGAUCAAUACAAAAAUAGAGGAUUUGAACAACAUUAUAAACCAGUUAGUCCUAAUAGGCAUAUGUAGAACACUUCACCCAACAUCAGCACUAUAUGCAUUCUUUUGUAGUGCAAAUGGAUUAUUUUUCAGGAAAGGCCAAAUGCUAAGUCACAAAUCAAGUCUCAACAAAUUUCGAAACACUGGAAAUCACACAAAGUGUAUUUCUGACCACAAUGGAAUGAAACUAGAAAUCAGUAACAAGGAAAAUUGGAAAUUUCACAAUUAUGUGAAAGUUAAACAACACAUUAUUAAAUAACUAAUGGGUCAAAGGAGAAAUCAAAAAGGUAAUCAGAAAAGACUUAGCGAUGAAUGGAAAUAAAAGCACAGCAUACUAAAACUUACGGGAUGCAGCAAAUUCAGUGCUUACAGAAAAACUCAUAGUGGUAAACACCUAUAUUAAAACAGGAAGAAAGAUCUCAAGUCAAUAAUAACCUAACUUUACAACUCAAGGAAUUAGUCGGGGAAAAAAGCAAAGUACGCCCAAAGCUACCAGAAGAAAAGAAAUAACAAAGAUAAGAGCAGACAUAAAUGAAAUAGAGAAUAGACAAUAGAAUCAAUGAAGCCAGACGUUGAUCAUUGGAAAAAAAUCAAAGUCAACAAACUUUCAACUGGACUGACAAAAAAAAAAAAAAAAAAGAUGCAAAUAUCUAAAAUCAAGAGAUGAAAUAGGAACUUUAUCUUUUAUUUUGAUAGAUUUAUUACUGUUAUUAUUUUCUGUUACUAGAUAUCUUCUUGUACCAUAAGCUUUAAAUUUUCCUAGACUGCUACUUGAAUUGAGUGAUUUCAGAUUAUUAUAAAGUAGCUCCCCUUGGAUUGUGGAACUUUGCCAUGUAUCAAGUUGAUUAACCUGAACGAAACCAAACCCAUUGCCAUCAAGUCAACUCCGACUAGUAACAAACCUAUAGGACAGAGCAGAACUGCCCCAUGGGGUUUCCGAGGAGCGACUAAUGGAUGCAAACUGCUGACUGUUUGGUUUAGCGUUAGCUCUUAUCUGCUGCAGCACCAGGGCUCCAUCAUGCUGAUUAAGCAGAGAUAAUUCAAGUAUGGAAUCAGUGAUUUGACUAAUGUCACUUGAUUCCUUCCAACUUAGAUUCUGUGAUUCUGUGGUUUUAAGAUACUUGUGUUACCCCCAUGCAUCUGUCAGUUUGUGCUACUGUCGGGGCUCAUGUGUUGCUGUGAUGCUGGAAGCUAUGCCACUAGUAUUAAAAUACCAACAGGGUCACCCAUGGUGGACAGGUUUCAGCUGAACUUCCAGACUAAGACAGACUAGGAAGAAGGACCUGGCAGUCUACUUCUGAAAAAAAAAAUUAGUGAAAACCUUAUGAAUAGUAACAGAACACUGUCUGAUAUAGUGCCUGAAGAUGAGCCCCUCAGGUUGGAAGGCAUGCAGUACAACUGGGUAAGAGCUGCAUCCUCAAAGUAGAGUUGAACUUAAUAAUGUGGAUGGAGUCAAGCUUUCAGGACCCUCAUUUGCUGAUGUGCCAUGACUUAAAACGAAAAGAAACAGCUGUAAACAUCCAUUAAUAAUACGAAUGUGGAAUGUACAAAGUAUGAGUCUAGGAAAAUAGGAAAUUGUCAAAAAUGAAAUGGAAUGAUAAACAUCGAUAUCCUAGGCAUUAGUGAGCUGAAGAGGAAUGGCAUCACAUUUAUCAUCAAAAAGAACAUUUCAAGAUCUAUGCUCUGAAGUACAGCCCUGUCAGUGAUAGGAUAAUAUCCAUAUGCCUACAAGGAAGAUCAGUUAAAUAUGACUAUUACUCAAAUUUACCCACUAACUGCUAAGACCAGAGAUGAGGAAAUUGAAGAUGUUGCCCAACUUCUGCAGUCUGAAAUUGAUCAAACAUGCAAUUGGAAUGUGAAAGUUAGAAACAGAGAAGAAGAAUCAGUAGUUGGAAAAUAUGGCAUUGAUGAGAGAAAUGAUGCUGGAGAUUGCAUGAUAGAAUUUUGCAAGACCAACGACUUCUUCAUUGCAGAUACCUUUUUUCACCAACGUAAACGGCGAUUAUACACGUGAACCUCACCAGGUGGAAUACAUAGGAAUCAAAUUGACUGUGUCUGUGGAAACAAGACGAUGGGAAAACAACAUCAUCAGAUCAAGGCCAGGGGCCGAAUGAGGAACAGACCAUCAAUUGCUCAUGUGCAAGUACAAGUUGAAGCUGAAGAAAAUUAGAACAAGUCCACAAGAGCCAAAGUAUGACCUUGAACAUAUCCCACCUUAAUUUAGAGACCAUCUCAAGAACAGAUUUGAUACAUUGAGCACUAAUGACUGAAGACCGGACGAGUUGUCAGAAGACAUCAAGGACAUCAUUCGUGAAGAAAGCAAGAGGUCAUUAAGAAGACAGGAAAAAAAGAAAAGAUCAAAAUGGAUGUCAGGAGAGACUCUGAAGGUUGC